CACAUUUCACUGUCCGCUUGAUACUGUGGAAACAAAUUUAUGCGUUUCUGCCGUUUCAGGUUCCAUUUUGUUUUCGGCUCGUCCCGUUUUUUCCGUACGUCACGGUAAAUUCGAGUCUUUUGUUUCCAGUUAGUGAUAAAUUUACAAUUUAUAUUUUUUUUUCUUGUUUGUAAUUUUUUUUGAAGAUAACGUUGUUUCCGUAAUUCAACUCUUGUAUAGAAUACGCAAUUGUCAGCGUGUGUUCUAUACAUCUGAACACGAGCGUACUAUUACGUGGUUGUUUCCGAGUUCACCUGUUCGUCAUUACCGGUGACUACACAUAAGAGAAAUGUCAGGAAGAGGUUUUUUAAAGAGCCGUUUGGCUCAGGUCACUCCUAAAAAUCCAGAGGAACCACCUAAACCUGAAGAACCUCUAAAAUUAUCAGCUCAAUCAAUACCACCUUCUGACGUGCCAAAAACUCCGAUUCCUGUCCUAAGUACACAAACCCUAGCUGCUGGCCAUCAACAAGUUGUUCGUGGAAGGAGGGCCAUGUUUUCUAAUGCACAAGGAAGUGGUUUUCAAAAAUUGUGUGAAAACGUAACAUCAACAAUCUCAAAGAUUGAGCUUGAUAAUUCAAAAAAUAUUGUGCGUCCAACUAUUAAUCCAGUAUUAAAAAACACUGAGAUACUUAAAUCACCUUCAUCACCAGAACAACCACAACCAAAAAUUGAAGAAAUUCUAACAGUAAAAGAAGAAAAGUCUCCAGUUAUAUGUAGGGCUGUAAGAAAGUCAGAUAAAGAUGCUUUCCACAUGACUCAAUUAUCAUCAAAUUACAUAAGAAUUGAACUGGAAGAAGACAAAGGAAUAUAUGAAUAUAGAGUCGAUUUUCAUCCUCCAGUUGAUGCAAAACCUGCUAGGUUUUUUUUGAUUAAUGAACAUAGAGAUAAAUUCCCUGUAAAAAUAUUUGAUGGAACAUUACUUUAUGUACCAAAAAUGCUACCAGAAAAUGUAACAACAUUAGUGGGAAAAUUAAAAGAUGAAUCUAAAGUUACUAUGACAAUAACAUUUAAGCGUAAAAAUUCUUUGCGUGAAUGUAUACAUUUUUAUAAUGUUUUUUUACGUACAAUAAUGAAGAUUCUAGGCUUAAUAGAAUUUGGUAGAAGUUGUUAUGAUCAAAAUAAAAGGAUACUCAUCCCUGAAUUUAAACUUGAAAUUUGGCCAGGCUACAUAACUACUAUUGACGAGUUUGAAAAUGGUCUGUAUAUGUGUUGUGAAGUUUCACAUAGGAUUUUACGCGUACAAACUGUUAUUCAAAUAAUGACAGAUAUUAUGAAUUCAAAAGAUAACAAAGCAGAUAGUAAGCAAGAAAUAAUGGCUUCAUUGUGUGGUUGUACAGUAAUUACACAUUACAAUCGUAAGACGUACAGAGUUGAUGAUGUAGACUUUUCAAUGAAUCCUUUAUCAACUUUUAACCAAAGUGGCGUUGAAGUAUCAUACAAAGAUUAUUACAAAAAGAUGUAUGACAUUGAAAUUAAAAAUCUCAGUCAGCCCAUGAUUAUAACAAAAGCUAAAAGAAAAGAUUUGAAUAAAAAAAAUGCAACCGAGGAUUCAGAUAUUUGUUGCUUAGUUCCUGAACUUUGUAAUUUAACUGGACUUACUGAAGCAAUGAAAUCCGAUUUCAAAUUAAUGAAGGCUCUUCAAAACCACACUUUGGUAACACCAGAAGUGCGACAAAAUGCUAUAAUUGAUUUUGUUAAUCGUAUAAAUGCUGACGAAGGUGCUAGCAAGAAAUUUAAAGAUUGGGGUCUUGUGAUGCGUCCAAUCCCAGCAGUGAUGGAAGGACCUGUUUAUAAAAAAGAAACUAUAUUACUAGGAAAUAAUAUCAGAAAACAAGUUGGAAUGAACAUGGAUUGGGGAAUGGAUGUAGCAAAAAAUGCUAUGUUUACUGCUGUAAACAUGUUAAAUUGGGCCAUUAUGUAUAAUCCAAGAGAUGAAGGAACAGCUAAAGCAUUUUGCAAACAAUUAUCUUUAUGCAGCCGUGCUCUUGGUAUGGAAAUUAGUCCACCAAAGCCAAUUAAAGUUCCAGGCCCAAAUCCAGAGGUUUAUGUUAGUACAAUAAACAACACAUUAAGGAAUAAUCCAGAUCUGCAAUUGGUUGUUAUUAUAUUUCCAAACCAAAGAGAAGACCGAUAUAAUGCUGUUAAACGGAUUUGUUGUUCAGAAAUUGGAAUUCCAUCUCAAGUAAUAAUCUCAAGAACUUUAUCUAGACCAGAUAAAUUACAGUCAAUUACUCAAAAAAUUGCUUUACAAAUUAAUUGUAAAUUAGGAGGUGCUUGUUGGGCUAUUGACAUCCCAUUGAAAAAUACUAUGAUAGUAGGAAUUGAUGUAUACCACGAAAAAGGUAAACAAAUGAGUAGCGUGGUUGGUUUUGUUGCUUCAAUGGAUAAGACAUUUACUCAAUGGUAUUCAGUUGCUGCAAUGCAAAGGAGUACUCAUCAAGAACUUAUGAAAUCUAUGCAAGAUGCUUUUCAUAAAGUUAUUUGCCAGUUUAAAGCAAUUAAUGGGUUGUUACCUGAAAAAAUAAUUAUAUAUAGAGAUGGUGUAUCUGAUGGAGAUUUAAAACAAGUAGAAGAAAUUGAACUAUCAGACUUGAUUGAAUCUUUCAAGAGUUACCCUGGAAGUUAUAAUCCUUUAGUUUCUUUAAUAAUUGUUCAGAAACGCAUUAACACUAGAGUUUUUCAGUAUCUAAAUAAUAAAUAUUCAAAUCCAAGUUCUGGAACUGUUAUUGACAGCACUGUAACCAGAAGAAAUUAUGUUGAUUUUUUUUUGGUCUCUCAACAUGUGCGCCAGGGUACUGUUAAUCCUACUCAUUACAUUGUUUUAAAAAAUGGAUGUAAUUUAAGUAUUGAAAAUGUUCAAAGAUUAUCUUAUAAAUUGUGUCACUUGUAUUACAAUUGGUGUGGCACAGUCAAAGUACCUGCUCCUGUUCAAUAUGCACAUAAAUUGGCUUAUCUUGUUGGACAAAAUGUUAGACAAAUGCCAAGUGUUAAAUUAUCCAACUCUCUGUUUUUCCUUUAAGAAGCAUACUAUAUAUAAUUUUGUACGACCAGGGAGGUCUUUUUUAAUUUAUUUUUAUGUGUACAAUUCAGUAUUUUGAUUUA